GAGCAUCAACACAGAAGGACGGCUAGAUUGUAUUAUCUAGAGUUCAGUGAUUUCCACCAUCCCCGCAUGCCAUAAACACUGGGAAGGUCAUGGUUCGCGAGAUCGACCACGAAGAGGUACUCGUCAGUCUGGUCACCAAAGAAAUCCCAAAAGAGGAGCACUCACCCAAGAAUGCCUCCUUAUUAGCAGCCAAAAGAGCGUUUUUGGAGCAACAAAUACUGUACGACGAGGUCACGGACAUUGUUUUGAACUUGGACCCGGAUACUCCUGAACAGGACGGAAAUGUUGAGGAUAACGCCUUGUUUUGGGAGCCGCUCAGCAACCUGUUAGCUUCCGCGGAGGUCCAUGAAACACUACAGGCGGACUCGGAUGAAGAAGUGGAUAAGCCAACCAUACUCGGGAUGGACAGUGAGAGGUGGGAUAAAUUAUCGCAUCGAACUGCAGUAGAUCAAGUACCUCCGGAACUCCACCAACUGCUUCUAAACGAAGUGGAGCACAGACUCUUUAAAAAGUGUCAAUUUCUAUCUCGCUGCGUGUACGGGCAGAAGACAGGAACAGAUCCUAAGCUAGAUGCCGCUAAAGCCCGCGGAUUAGCUACAAUUGCACAGGCCCGAAUUACGCGGAUAAAUGAAAAGAAGAAGGAGGCGAUGGCUACCCGCGUCCGGCUAGCUUGCACUUUUAAGUUGUAUUUCGAGAAAUGGUCGAAGCUGAUGCAAAAUCUCUGGACUGUCAUCCUUCGAUAUAAGUGUCAACUAGAGCCGGAGAAACGGGCAGCCUUGGAAGACUAUUUCUCGGCGAUCAUAGAUAACAUAUAUCUUAAGAUGCGAUGCCUCAAAGCAGAAAUUACACUUAGCAUGGCAGAGGGUGAUCAAGCGCCCGUCUUACGCCAAACAAGAACAUCGUUAGAUGCGGUGAAGGCCCGACUUGCCGAGCGUCUUCGCGAGGUUGAUAUCCAAUUAGUGCAGUACGAACAUGUUGGUGACGAGUUUGCGCGUAUCGUGAAAACCUACUCUGCCAUCAUGCGCGACAUUGCCACUGUGGAAGAGGACAUCAGGCAGAUAUCAACGGAUUCAGGAGGGCUGUAAUUGUGCCGACAAUUGGGGAUGGUCGGGGAAUAUAUAGGUUAGCUAUGAAAGUCGUAGAAUGCUUCGGCAACAAACUGAUAGAUGCAAUCGGCUUCUAGUAUUUUUGAUAUAAUAUGGAAAGACGAUAGUUGGACCCCGUUCCUCAACGCAAUUGUCGCCAUCCCCUAAGCCCACAGACUUGGAUCAAAUUGCGAAAACUCCACAAUUUCUUCUACCUGUUGCAGACCACCAAUCUUGUAUACAACCUUCAGUCGCAUCUUCACGGCAAUCUGCAGAGAUUGAACAAACCAUGUUACCAUCACCGUAAAACUUCAGUUGAGAUAC